AUGAUCCCAAGUGCUCCAUCCUUGGCUUUUUUCCUGUUCGCUGUGCUCCACAGUACUACAGCUCAGUCUUAUGUUGUGGAGGUGUACGUGGCAGUUGAAAACAAAAUUACGACAUCCUACAUGAAUUACAUCCCAUCUACCUACGCUGGUGACAGAAGACAACUAGCACAGGACAACGUAAAUAAAGAUGUUCAGUACGCCUUGGCUGAGGUGAACAAGAUGUUGUCUACCCUUAGUCCCAACGGUGUGAACGUUGAGCUACGUCUACGUAAACUGGACUUUUUGACGACUGACGUCCUCACCACCUACAUGACCGGCACCACCAACACCGUCAACAGCGCCACUGGUAAAACCAACUUCCGAUCCUGGCUACUUCAGACCGCCGCAUACACCACCUACAGCUACGAUUUCGCCCUGCUGCUUACUGGCGCUGAUCUUUAUGGCAGUAGUGGAUCAACAGAAUCCAGUAACACCGACAUUGGCGCCGUGUGCAACGGUCUGUCCGCUGUGGUCAUCGCAGAGUUCCAGGGAACUUACCGUGACGUCGUAUCGUUAGCUCAUGCUGUUGGCUUCAUUUUAGGUGCUAACAACGACUUUUCCACAUCCUACAUCAUGUCGGCCUACAACUACGCGACACAGACAAAACGUUGGAGCUACUCAUACAUUACCGCCCUUUACAUACAACUGACCAUAAGUCAGCUCUCACCCAACUGCCUGCUAACCACCAACAGCCAGUCCACUACACUACCUGUCUCCUACGGUACCUACACAGGUGAUGAGCUCAACCCUGACAUCGUCUGCCAGAGGGCACUGAACACCCCAAAGUCAUCCUUCUGCAGGACCAACUAUGAACUCUGA